UGAUACACUUCCGAAACACCAGUCCAACCGUCAAAAAAAAAAAAAAAAAGACUCAAGGUUUUAGCUGCACAGAUGAACUUCCUUCAUUUUCUACGCUGUUUAUCAUUUGAAACUCUCCUCUAGUCCGGUCUACAAGCAGCAGGAGAAUCCUAGCAUUCACCUUUCGCGCAUCACCUUUCGUGCCCUGGCAUGAAUUUCUCCGAGCUCCUGAAGCAGUCCAACCAGCUGUGCAAACUCUCCCCUGAUGGAAAGUAUUUGGCCACCUGUGUUCAGUAUCGCCUGGUAGUGCGGGAUGUCAGGACUCUGCAGAUUUUGCAGCUUUACACUUGUCUGGACCAGGUGGUGCACAUGGAGUGGUCUUCAGAUUCCCUCUUCAUCCUCUGUGCUAUGUACAAAAGAGGACUUGUACAGGUGUGGUCUCUGGAGCAGCCAGACUGGCGCUGUAAGAUAGACGAGGGCUCGAUCGGACUAGUCUCCUCACGCUGGAGUCCAGACGGACGUCACAUACUCAACACCACCGAGUUUCACUUAAGAAUCACUGUCUGGUCUCUUUGCAACAAAUCUGUCUCCUACAUCAAGUACCCUAAAGCCUGCCAGAAAGGGAUGGACUUCAGCACAGACGGACACUACAUGGCUCUAGCUGAGCGUCGAGACUGCAAAGAUUACAUUAGUAUAUUUGUUUGUGACGACUGGCAUCUUCUCAGGCAUUUUGAGACAGAAACACAGGACCUAGCAGGGGUGGAGUGGUCUCCUAACGGCUGUGUGCUUGCAGCAUGGGACGCCUGUCUCGAGUACAAAAUGCUGCUGUAUUCCCUGGAUGGGCGUCUGCUAUCAACCUACAGUGCUUAUGAAUGGUCACUGGGCAUUAAAUCAGUCGCCUGGAGUCCCAGUAGCCAGUUUCUGGCCAUCGGUAGCUACGAUGAGAAGAUUCGGAUCUUGAACCACAUCACCUGGAAGAAGCUCGUCGAGUUCGAGCAUCCAGCUACAAUCGCUAACUCCAAAGCUGUGGUGUACAAAGAGGUGGAGAAAAAGCCUGUUGUUGGCAUCGAGGAUUUGUCCAGUCAUCAGAUCGCCACGACAAGUUCCUUAUUCAACACACAGAGUAAAUAUGAGAUUGCUCCAUUGCCAGUCCAAGUGUCAGUGGUGAAGCCUGAUCCAGAUCGUGCCAACCCCAAAAUCGGAAUCUCUGCUGUUGCUUUCAGUGCAGACAAUCGCUACCUUGCCACAAAAAAUGACAGCAUGGCGCAGUGUGUGUGGCUGUGGGACAUGCAGAGGCUGAGCCUGCAGGCCGUACUGGAACACGCUUCAGCUGUGCGCUGCUUCGCCUGGGACCCACGCCGGCCACGCCUGGCACUCUGCACCGGAAAUGCCAAACUCUAUCUGUGGUCCCCCGCCGGCUGUGUGUCGGUCAAAGUGGAAGUGGAAGGUGUAGGUUUACAGGUGCAGUCACUGUUCUGGCACUGCGAUGGAGAAUCUCUGGUCCUGUUGGGGAAAGAUCAGCUGUGUGUGUGCUACAUGGCCACAGAAGGGGAGAAGUGAGUGCCAAGGAAAAGCCACUGGCUACAUUAAACUAGCACCAGCGUCGUCCACUUCCAUCUUAAUUGGAUCUAUUUUAAAAGUAACUGCUCUCUGCGAGGGGGCAGACCUACACCAGUGUAUAAGAAUUAAAAGCUGAUAGACUCUAGUGCUGGAAGAUGGAUGCCCUGCCUGGCAAAAUCAUUACAUCUGGUACAUAUGGUGUACUUUUU